CUGCUCACCGAUGAUUUAGCCCCCCCUCCCCCGGGAGCCCCCAGGACACAGCGAUCCCAGGCCACAUCGUGCUGCACUCGCCUCCGAGGAACCUCCUCGCCUGCCUCUGCCCGGGCCCUGCUCACAGGCAGCAGAAAGAGGAAGGCAGCGGGCACCUCCUCGCUGGCACACGGCGGCCGUGCGACAAUCCCACGGCUCCAUCCCCGGGCACUCCAGAGGGGCCGGAAAAGGCCGACCCGUCCCGCCGCCCCCGGAGCCCCGGGGGAAGGGCCGGGCUACGCGGGGCUGCCGUGCCCAGGGGGGCCCGCGGCACAUGGGGAGGGGGAGGCGGGGCGGGAGAAGGGAUCCGGCCCGCAGGGUCCCGUCCCGGCCCGCCGCCUACCCUGCACCGCGCCGGGUCCGGUCCGCUCCGCUCCGCUCCGCCGGGUCCGGUCCGGUCCGCUCCGCCGCCUGCCCGCGGCCGCCGGAAGCCCCGCGCUGCGCCCGCCCCAUCCGGCGCCGCUGUGACGCCUCAGCGGGCUCCGCUCCCGCAGCACGCAGCGGCCUUGUCCUGCCUUGUCCUGCCCUGUCCAGCCUUGUCGUGCCCUGUCCUGCUGUGCCCGGUCCCGCUCGGCCCCGGCCCCGACCCCGGCGCUCUCCCGUCAGGAUGGCUUCGGUUGAAAGGGAGGCAUUGUCCCAAGAGGAACUCCGGAAAAGGCUGUAUCAGACUUUUAAGAGCCGAGGCGUACUGGACACACUUAAGACACAGCUCCGAAACCAGCUAAUCCAUGAGCUAAUGCACCCAAUUUUGAAUGGAGAACUUCAGCCACAGAUGGUUCCAAGUGAAGACAGUUCACUUUUGAUCACUGCUUCCAACAGUUUGGUGGCAGAUCAUCUAGAGAGAUGUGGCUAUGAGUAUUCACUUUCUGUUUUCUUUCCAGAAAGUGGAUUAGAGAAGAAGAAACUGUGGACUGUGCAAGAUCUUCUUCAAUUAAUGAGGAUCAAUCCAAAAUCCAGUCUUUACAAAUCAUUGACUUCAGGAACUCGGAAGGAAAAUAAAGGUUUCCUUAUGCAAAUUUUAAUCAGGCUUACAGAACAUCAUCUAAACAGAGAAACUCACAACACAGAAACUCAGACCACCUCAGUGCCUCCUUACAGAGAGUCUCUUGCUGAGAAGCUUCAACUGAUUGACGAACAGUUUGCAGACUACUAUCCUCAGCAUCAGAAAUAUGAAUCUUUAGAAGUAAAACUUAAUGAAUAUAGAAAAGAAAUAGAGAAGCAGCUUCAAGAAGAAAUGCAUCAAAAGCUUGAACAUUUUAAAGAAGUUGAAAUAGCAAAGAUCAAAAUGGAGGAGAAAGUGCAGACCCAGAAAGAAAUCUCUGAGCUGCGCCAUGAGUUAGAGAAGAUGCAUCAAGCAAAGUCUGAAGCCUUGAUUUCUCGUGAAAAGAAUGCUAUUGAGAGGCUUCAAAAGCAACAAGAGAUAGAAGCAAAGGAAGUGUAUGCUCAGAGACAAAGUCUAUUGAAAGAUAUUGAAGCCAUAAGGACCAGGGAGGCAGAACUGAAGCAAAGGAUGGAGGCAUUUGAAAUCACCCAGAAAGUUCAGGAGGAGAAAAAUAAAGCUAUAGAAGAUGCACUUCGGCGUCGUGAGGUUGCUGUGAAGAACAUAGAGGAGACAUAUGACCAAAAGCUGAAGACAGAACUCUUAAAAUACCAGCUUGAACUAAAAGAAGAAUACCUAGCCAGAACCAAUAAAGUUAUUGCAGAUGAAAAAAAAAAUAAAGAGAAAGCUAUGCUUUUGCAAGAAGAAGCCAUUGCUGUUAAUUCAAAAAAGGAGGAGCUCAAGCAAGCUGUAUCACGCACCAAAGAGCUUGAGCUGGAUUUGGAGUCAGUGAAGGCCCAGGUUCUGUUGGUAAAUAAACAGAAUCAGUUGUUGACAGAAAAACUGAAAGAGGUAUCAGACUAUCCUUUGCUAAAGGAGGAAAAAUUGGAGCUCCAAGUGCAGAAUAAACUACUUAGGCAACAGUUGGAUGAAACUCGGAGUGAGAACCAGCAUCUUCGAGACAAGCUGUCCCAGCCCUCGGCAGAGUACUUGGCCUGCCAGGCGGAGCUGAGGAGAGUGGAGCAUUCUAAGAAGCUGGUGCUGGAUGAAUUUGAAAGUCAUAAGCAGAUGUUGGAAAAACAGCUACAAAGUGAGAUUGAGCGUUGUACCCAGUUAAAGGCCCAACUGUUAGACUCUGAAGCUACUGUCAGGAAGUUAAAUGUGCAGGUUGAAGAACUGAAACUGCAAGUGAAACAAACACAGGCAGUGUCACUCACUUUCUCUUGCUACCGUUUAGCUCUGGAGAAUGAGGUGUACCGGAACCCAAAGCCAUCGCUCGUCGACCGCUCCGUCCUGGACUUCCUCGGUGACAGGAUCGUGCCCCACGACAUUUACGUGGAUGGGGCGUUCCCCAGGACGCCGGCGCCGCCCGAGGUGGGGACGCUGGGCGCUGUGCCGGGGCCUGCCUGCCUGCAGCCACGCAGCGCUUCCCCGGACCCAGACCUGGAGUGCGUGGCACGGGCCCGCGCCAGGGUGAAGGAGCUGGAAAAGGAGGCCGAGUACCUGGAUGAAGCCUACAGGAGUUACCAACACAGAGUCAUGCUGAAUGCAGCUGCAAGCAGAACGCCAAGGAAGAUGCAGCCUCCUUUAAUUCUGCGGUGUCCUCUUGGUAGACACCCUUUGACUACCCAGCAGGAACUGCUAGAGGAUAAUCCCAGCUCCCCGCGUUCCCCUCUGAGCAGUCCAAGAGACGAGGAACACAUCAAAAGAACCGGGCAGGCCGAUAUCUUUAAAACUCCCUUAACGUCGCCACACCGAGGAGCAUCUCCAAGGCGCCUUUCUUCUACUCCCAUUUCCAAACCGAAGAGGGACCUCAGUAACAAGAAGGUUCCAGAUGACAUCAAGAGCUUAUCCCUUACCUCUUCACAGCGGAGUGUUGACCAGGUUCUUUCUCCUAUUUCAAAGCCAUAUUCGCUUUCAUCUUCCGAAUCUGUUCCUUCCUCACCAUCCAGUCAUGGCCAGAAAAUCAGAUUUCAGAGUCAACAGACAGACAAACAACAUCUCAGUGAUACCCACAAACCAGAGAAACUAAGGUAUGAGGAUCUUGAAGAACACAUUUAUACUCUUGAAGAUCAGGGGGACAUACCAGAGGAGUGUGAAAGUGAUGUCUUGCAUCCAUCUGGGAACAUUGCAGAUGGAAACUGUGUCACAGCCCCUGUGCCAGCAACAGCCACUUCACUGCAGGACUUAACAGUGCUGGAUCAAAGGCAGAUUGAAGAACAGAACAGAGAAGUUGAGAAAAACUUAGAAGAAAGGCAAGCAACAGAAGAACAGAGAGAAAAAGAACAACAGGAAGCGUUGGAAAGCGAGCAAAAAGAAGUGGAAAAGCUUGACAAAGAGUGUAUCAAAGACUUGAUGAAAACAAAUGAAGAAACAGAAGAUAAAGAGGGAGUAAAAUCUGAGCACAGUUACACUGCUGCUGAAAAUGAUGCAAAGGAUCCUCCUUCCAAUCCAUUAGAAAAAUACAUGAGAAUAAUUCAGCAGAGCAGAGAGCAGGAACUGGCAAACAAGGAUUCAAAAAAAGAAGAAACAGGAGAAAUGUCACCUUCAGAAGGACUUCUAUCUACUGAAAAUGACAGUGUUGCAGACAUUUCUCAUGGAGAUGUGGAUGAAAGCUUCUGGUGAACAACAGCUACUGACUUUAAAACUUUUGUUAUUAUUAUGAGAAAGAUAUUUUUAAAGUACCUUUGUGUCUGUAUAAAUAAAUUUUUGGCACCAACACUGCA